AUGGCCACGAUUGGACCUUCUAUCCGUGUGCUGUCCUUUUUGGACGCCUCUGCGCCUCAUGUCUUCACUGCCCCAGGCAAGAAAAUCCACGAGUCCCAGGAUGUAGCGACCUUCCUUACCUCAAAGGCCUACGCUGAUAUCAUGACUUGGCUGUUACAACUCAACCGAUCGAUGUUUCCCUUAAAAUCAGACGAUGGCACUACACAACCUUGGGUUAUCAACAGCGAUGCGAUUCAAUUCUCCGCUCCUAUCCGACAAUUGCAAUUACUUCUCUCCAGCCUCGAAGAUAUCAUCCAGGAAGUCCCACCUGAUACUGGUCCACGGAGGUUUGGAAAUAUUAGCUUUCGAAGAUGGUGUGAGGUGGUUGAGAGUCGCGCGACAGCCCUGUUACAAGAAUGUUUGCCGGCGGAGCUCCUACAGAGAGUGUCACCAAAUGGGGAUGGUGUGACCGCAGGCGAAGAAUUGAAAGCAUACCUCGUGGGCAGCUGGGGUAGCGGACAGCGUCUAGACUACGGCACCGGCCAUGAACUUAGCUUCCUUGCUUUUCUAGGCGGGUUGUGGAAGUUGAAUGCAUUCCCCAAUGCCGAGCCUGGGGUCGAAGAAAGAGCUAUUGUUAUCGGGGUCAUCCAGCCAUAUUUGGAACUGGUCAGGAAACUCAUUAAAACAUACACCCUCGAGCCCGCCGGUUCCCACGGUGUCUGGGGGCUUGAUGAUCACUCUUUUGUCCCUUACAUAUUUGGCUCUGCUCAGUAUUCACCUGCAAUCACCGACUCUGAUUUAACGCCGGAAGAGGGCUCGCUGCCGAAUUCUCCUGAUCCGAGUGGCGUUGUCAAAGGUAAUAUUGUUGAAAAGGAACGACAGUCUAACUUGUACUUCUCCGCAAUCGGUUUCAUAUACGAUGUGAAGAAGGGCCCCUUCUGGGAACACAGUCGUAUUCUUUAUGAUAUAUCAGGUAUUCAAACUGGCUGGGGUAAGAUUAAUAAGGGGAUGGUGAAAAUGUACAACGCGGAAGUUCUUUCAAAGUUCCCCGUGGUUCAGCAUUUUCCCUUUGGGAGUCUAUUUAGCUGGGACAAGGAUCCCAAUGCCAUCCCACCUCCCUCCACAGCCCAUGCAACGUCUGGGCCUCAGGCCAGGCCCGUCGCCCCAGAUCUCGGUCAUGCUUCCAUUGCCACUCCUCGUCCGGCACCUGAAUCUGGCACCCAAGCACCUUGGGCCAAUUCAGCAGCGGGCGCGCGAACCAUGCUUCCAAUGAGUGGAACCGCGGCUCCAUGGACUACCACGAGAAGAGAAGGUAUUCCGGGUGGUGCAACAAGGAUCCCUUCUUCUCUCCCGGAUAAUUCAAGGCUACCCUCGGGGCUUAUGGCGCAGACUACAGCUCCUCGGACAUCCUCACAACUUCCACCCACACAGAGUGGUGAUGCUGAAGUGCAUACCAAGGCCCCCUGGGCUAAAUAA